AUGACCUACCGACAGGCAUUCAGCUCCUUCUACGCGCGCAACUUCGACCGGCGACCAUGGAUCACUCUCGCAGUCACCAACGGCAUUCUUGGCGUGGUGGCCGAUGGCGCGGCGCAGACGCUCGAGCGCGUAUCGCAGGCGCAGAAACGAGCCGAGUCGGCACAUCGAGAGACAGCGGUGGCGGAGGUGAAGGAAGCAAAAUGGGACUGGUCAAGGUCGGGCAGGUUCCUAGCGUUUAAUGUCGGGAUGGCACCGCUGUUGGCCGAGUGGAAUCGGUUCUUGGAGUUCAGGUUCCCCUUGCGGGCAACUCCGGCAGCAGCAGGAGGGGCAGCAGCAGCGGGGGCGGCAGCAUUGGGUAAGGUGAGCUUGAGAGCGUUGGGAAGCAGGGUCGCGAUGGAUCAGCUAGUCUUCGCACCCAUCGGCCUCGCACUCUUCACAGGCAGCAUGGGCUACAUGGAACGUGGCAGCAUCGACGGCGUCAAGGCCAAGUUUCACGAGAUGUACAUCCCUGCCAUGCUCGCCAAUUGGCAACUGUGGCCGCUGGUGCAGCUCGUCAAUUUUCGGUAUAUGCCUCUGAAGUACCGAGUGCCAUUUGUUUCGACGGUGGGCAUUCUGUGGACCAUCGGCUUGUCUCUGCUGUCACAGUCGACACGGCCGAAGGAGACGCCCGCCAUCAUCAAGUCUUAA